GCCGUUGCUGAGCGACGGAGGAAGCUUAAGCGUCACCAUCAUCUCUGCUCUUCUUAGCAGCUUGUAAGCCUACUAUAUACCUCCUUUUAUCUUACCAAAACGAUGGAGGUGACGAUGGACCCCAUGUUUUUGGCGUGGAGCUAUUUCAGGAGACGGAAGCUUCAACAGUGUUCGGACAUUUGCACUAAAAUACUGCAAGAAAACCCGUACGACCAGGUACUGUGGAGUAGUUAGCUGUGCUAGCCUAGCAUGCUAGCGAUUAUCCAGAAAACCCUGAUUGUAUGAGACGAGUAACCCACGAAAACAGUUUAAUCCCUGUAAGUCGAGUCACUUCAGUUGAACGGAGAUAAGUUUAAGUAGCAUUUCUCUCUAGUACUCAAUCCAUCUUUUUUCUUAUCUUAUUAGUGGCCACUACAUUACAUUUCUUUCACGUUUUUGUUUGUCUUUCACUCAUUUGUUUUCAUCUUCACCCUUCUCCCUCUCACACUGAUAAAUUGCAUGCCGUCUUAAGGACUCCUCCUUGCCUAAUGCAGAGGUAACUGUGACUGCAGACUAUAUUUCUUUGUCAUCCCUUUUCACGAGGGUAAUAUCAACAAGGCCAUCUUUCAUGACUGAACUUUUGUGUGUUCUGAAGGCUGCAUGGAGCUUGAAAACCCGGGCUCUUACAGAGAUGGUGUACAUCGAUGAAAUUGAGGUCGACCAGGAGGGAAUUGCUGAGAUGAUGCUGGAUGAGAGCUCAAUUGCUCAAGUUGCACGUAUGUUCCAAGCCUCCCAAUACCAUAGAAAAGUUAAAGAAAAGAAAAGUUUGUGAAAAGUUAAAUCAUACAGUUACAAAGUGGUUAUAUUAUUUUAAAGAAUCCUACUUUCUUUCUUCAACUUUCUUCUAGGACCUGGAACAUCAUUAAGACUCCCUGGAACCAGUCAGGGUGGAGGUCCCACUCAAGCUGUCAGGUGCCAAGUCAUGCUUAAAUCAUACCAUGAAAUUUCUUAACUCUCAGAAACAAAGAAGGACACGUGUAAUCCAAGUUGUUAUUUUGAAUUCAAGGCCUAUGACACAAUCAGGGCGUCCUAUCACAGGAUUUGUGCGACCCAGCACACAGUCAGGGCGUCCUGGGACGAUGGAGCAAGCCAUCAAGACCCCACGCACUGCAAGCACUGCUCGUCCUGUUACCAGCGCUUCUGGAAGACACAUUCGUCUGGGAACAGUGAGUAGAUAUGGGUCAGUCUGCAGCACCAGAGAGGCCCCAUGAAAAAUUCAAAAAGGCUUUUCCAAGCAGAGGUGCAGCAUUUGUACCACAGUAAAUUUCUAGUAAAAGCUCUGAAAAUUUAAUUUAAUCAAAAACACUUCAACAUCUAUAGGUUGUUGAUUUAUUUAUAUGUUUAAUAUACUGGAAAUGUUUUUUUAGAUAUACUGCAAAUAUUAGUUGAGUAGAUUUAUUUGUAAGCAGUAUUGUUGAACUUUUUUAAAUCCUCCCCUAGUAUAGUGAAUGGAAAGCCUGAAACAUUUAUCAUGACAUUUUGUUCUGUUUUUUCAACAGGCUUCAAUGUUGACCAAUCCAGAAGGACCCUUUAUAAACUUGUCCAGACUAAAUCUGGCCAAGUAUUCCCAAAAGCCAAAUUUAUCCAGGGUAAGGCUUAGUCUGUGACUCUUACAAAAAAAAUUGUCCACAUCAUAGUUUUGUCUUUCAUGUUAAAUAACCUUUAUUGUCAUUCCCAGACUCUGUUUGAGUACAUCUUUCAUCAUGAAAAUGACGUGAAAAAUGUAAGUACUGCUGAAUUCUGUGUAAUAAAAAAAAAACUGUUGUACAUGUGCUGAUUGUUUACUAUUUGUGUGACACAAACUUUGUUUUUCUUGACCAGGCUUUAGAUUUGGCUGCUCAGGCUACUGAGCAUGCUCAGUUUAAAGACUGGUGGUGGAAGGUUCAGCUGGGAAAAUGUUACUACAGGCAAGUAAUUCCUGAGCAUCCAAGCUUGGGUUAAAUCUACCUUUUCAUUAGGUUUUGAUAGUGCAUGUGGAUAUUAAUGUCCCUGUCAUUUGCAGGCUUGGUUUGUAUCGGGAAGCAGAAAAACAAUUUCGAUCAGCCCUCAAUCAUCAAGAAGUAGUGGACACAUAUCUCUACCUUGCUAAGGUCAGGAUUAUCAUGGCUUUACCUCACAGCACCUACCUGUUGCACAAGUAAGAUAAUUUUUCCACGAUAGGACUGUGGGCUUACAAAAAAAACACGUGAAUGUUUUAAUUCAGGUGUAUCAACGCCUGGAUCAGCCAAUCACAGCGCUCAACCUUUUCAAACAAGGCCUGGAUCACUUUCCUGGUGAGGUUACCCUUCUGACUGGAAUUGCCAGGAUACACGAGGUACAGUAUGUCUCCACUGUUCUUCCUGUGAAGUCCACAGAGCCCUUUAUUACAAGGUUAGAUACAUACGAUUUGUCUACUCUGCUGUUGCAGGAGAUGAACAACAUCUCAUCAGCCACAGAGUACUACAAAGAUGUCUUAAAGCAGGACAACACUCAUGUGGAAGCUAUAGCUUGCAUAGGCAGCAAUCACUUUUACACUGAUCAACCUGAGAUUGCUCUGCGCUUUUACAGGUCAGAUAAACUUCCCUAGAUAAUUAAGGUGGCAUACUGUUUUAGUAUUUGUUAAGUUGUAUCCAAUCUGUGGUUCAUUAAUAUCCUCUCACUUCUAGACGGCUGCUCCAGAUGGGGGUGUAUAACUGCCAGCUGUACAACAACCUGGGCCUGUGCUGCUUCUAUGCACAGCAGUAUGACAUGACUCUGUCCUCAUUUGAAAGGGCUCUGACUCUGGUAGCCAAUGAUGAAGAGCAGGCUGAUGUCUGGUAUAACAUCGGACACGUGGCUGUGGUAAGUUAACAAUCUUUGAUCGCAUCUUCAUACCAACAAUAACAUGAUUGAAUUCGUAAAAAACAAUAGAUAAAAAAACGUGUUCUGUUGUAACAGGGCAUUGGGGACUUGACUCUGGCUUACCAGUGUUUCAAACUGGCUUUGGCUUUCAAUAACGACCAUGCUGAGGCCUACAACAAUCUGGCUGUGCUGGAGCUUCGCAAAGGUCGCAUUGAACAGGUGAGGAAACAUCAUUUCAUUUUUAAUAAUGUUAGGUAUGAGAUCAGUGGUUCCCUUUCAGUAGGACUGCAUAAUUAUUCAAAUUCGAUUACAACCAAAAUUUUGGAUCAUGAUCAGAAAGUGCCACUUUGAAGUUUUAAAGCUGUCACAUUUGACACUGAAUGUUUGGAUAUUGAAGGUGUGGCCAAAUGUACAAAUGCAGAGAUCCAUUUAAGCUCAGGUAGUACAAUAGCUGAGUCACUGAAUUUAUGUAUUUUUUUAAUUUAACAACAAAAAAUUUCCCUGACAAUAAAAAAAAAGCACAGAUGACUAUCAUUUCCAAACUAUGUGCAGCCCUAUCUUAUAACUUAAAUACAUCAAAUCCAUGACAAAAGAGUAUUUUCAGAAUGCUUUGAAGUAUCACAUGCAGCUUAGAUGCUAUCCUUUUAGCUUCAUGUUAUGCUACUGUCAUGGUAAUUCAAGCCGAAAUAAGUGAGAGGACAAGAGAAUAGGGUAAUAUUGACUCAGUUUAUAUCUAUAUUAGUUGCCUUUUAAGGCUGUAUUAUGUCAUAAAGGCCGUUCCACAAACAAAAUGGCAGUGUGGUAUUUUAGAUGUCUGAUUUUGAAGACAUCAAAAUUGUUCUUCAGAUAAAACCCCACCAAGAAGUAAGAAAGUACAAGCUAAAACUGAAAACAGAUUCUGGCUCUCUUUCAAAUCAGGAAAAAUGCAUCAAAGGUAGUGAAGUCAAGCUUUUCAGACCCAAAAAGCAGCGUAUUCGUCAGGUAUUAAUUUCCUCCCCAAGAGCUGUAUUUGAAAAUCAGUGAAUGAAUGUCCUCUCUUCUAGGCUAAAGCCUUCCUACAGACUGCUGAAUCGUUGGCCCCUCACAUGUACGAACCACACUUCAACCUCUCCAUUCUCUCUGAAAAGGUAAUGUCUCACUGCUUAAAUUAUAUAUAUAUUUUCAACACAGCCCAGCAGCUAAAACAAAACAAGUAUAACCGCCAUGUUAACCACCUGUUGAAGUGAGGUUUUUGCAUCUGUGCCCAGAUUGGAGACCUCCAGAGCAGCUACACUGCAGCACAGAAGUCUGAGGACUCCUUCCCGGAGCAUGUCGACACUCAGCAACUUCUGAGGCAACUGCGGCAGCACUUUUCUGUGCUAUAAACAACAGACCGGAUUUCUUUAAAAAUAUACAAUUAAUACAAAACAGAGACAGUAACAGGUAAAUAAGGCAAAUGUUGGCAUAUGGGAUUUCUUCAGUAAGUUACCAGUUUAUCAAAUACAUUCUGAUAGUGUAACAGUGUUUGUAGAGUCCUGUGUGGUCCUCUGACUUAGAUGUGUCUGGUCUCAUUAUGGUAUGUCUUUUUGUUUGCACCCUCUUUAUCUAUCGAACCUACUGUCACAAUCUUACCCUUCUUAGUAAAUUCACAGGUUAAAAAGGGUUUAUGAUGGCAUUUGGAAAUUGCCCGAGGCUCCAGUGAUUAACUGAAUUGACUCCCCCGCACGAUGUGCACUGACAUUUGACCAUUUAGAGCCAUAGUCUGUGCAGCAGAGAUCAGUCGAUGUACAGUGUUAAUGUCCUGUCUCUUCUGCAAACUGAAACAUAUUUAACUUACCUCUAAAAUGGCAAACCUCUACAUGGUAUCAGGUUCUUGGGUUGAUAAAAAACAGGCUCUCUGCCAUUUAAAGUCCAAUGACUCUUAAAGUCUAUUUCACCUUUUCUCCCCUACUCUGAGGGUCCAGUGCACACAGCACAGCAGGAGCCAUAUUUAUAAUCAGAGCUGUGGAUCGUGGUGUCAAACCCCAAUUUUAGCAUCAAAUGAUUUAUGAAAUCUUUACUUCUUGGAAAAUCAAUAUUUAGAUUCAAAUGAGUGCAAUAAGAGCACGCUAUAAAAGAGAAGCCAUCUUCUACCCACAUCUUAUCUAUUAUAUGAAGGGGAGGUUUGCUUUUUUAUCUCCACUGCAGCCAAUCACCAUGUGGAGCUUUAAAUGUUUUGGCCUUGCUUUCAGGAAACUACUGGGACAUCUGUCUUUUUCUACCAACUGGUGAUUUGCCUAUCUUAUAAUCACCCGUUGCAUUUGUCUCAAUAUUCUAAAUACUGCUUUGUUCAUGUUAUGUGCAGUAUACUUGAAAGUAUUUGUUUUUUGAUAAACUGAUAACCUGAAGAAGAGUAAAACAUACUGUUUUAUAUUGUAAAGAGUUUAUUUAUUACAGUAAAAUAUGUAACAUAUUUUAUAGGUCAAUCAUAAAUCUAAUGUAUAUCUCACAUUUGUCAUUUGUAGUCUCAACAAAUACUGAAGUGACAAUAAAAAGAACUAUUCAAGACAAAAAAGA